GAGAAGCAGGCGACGCCGGGGAUCGCCCGAGCGCGGACCGGCAGAGCGGAGCCGAGCCAGCGGAGAAGCGAAGCGGCGCCUCCUCCUCCUCCUCCGCAGCCGGGCAGCGCUUGCGGGGGGCUCCACCUGCCCGCGCGGGAUGGCGGCGGGGCUGCGGCUGCUGGCGCUGCUGGCGCUGCUGGCGGAGGCGCUGCGGGCGAGCGGCGAGUGCGAGGCGCCCUUCGAGGCUCUGUACGCGGCGGGGCUGGAGGCGCACCGGCGGGCGGACUUCGCGGGGGCGGCGCGCGGGCUGGAGCGGGCGCUGCGAGCGGAGCGGCGGCUGCGGGAGAAGCGAGCGGGCUGCGGGCUGCGCUGCCGCCGGGAAGAGCCGCUGGAGGCCGGGCCGGAGCCGCUGCCCUUGGCCGGCGCCUUCCUCCGCCGCGCCCGAUGCCUCCGCGCCUGCCUGGGCCCCGAGGCCGCCGCCGCCCCCGCCGCCAGCCAGGAGGUGCUCGCCGACUUCCAGCGCCGCCUGCCCUACAGCUACCUGCAGCGCGCCUACAUCCAGCUGAAUGAGUUGGACAAGGCGGCCAAUGCUGCCCACACCUUCUUUGCGGCCAACCCAGAACACCUGGAGAUGCAGCAGGACCUGGACAAUUACAAGACUCUCUCGGGGAAGGUGGACCUGGUGGACCAAGAGGCUCAGCCGCACAUGGAGAAUUAUCUGUCCGGCAUCCGGCAUUACGACCGGGAGGAAUACGAUUUGGCCAUUGGCCUCCUGGAACGGGCCCUGAAGGAUUACGAGGCUGCGGACGCCGAGUGCCGGAUCUUGUGCGAAGGUCCCCAGAGAUUUGAGGAAUACGAGUACCUGGAUUAUAAGGCCGUUCUCUACGAGGCCAUUGCAGAUCACUGCAUGCAAGUCGUGCUGUGUCAACACGAGUGUGUGCGACAACUCGCCACACGGCCUGGGCGACUCUCACCCAUCGACAACUUCCUGCCCUUGCAUUACGACUUCUUGCAGUUUGCCUACUUCAGAGUGGGCGAUUACGUCCAAGCGUUGGAGUGCACCAGGACGUAUCUCCUCUUCCAUCCAGACGAUGAAGAUGUCCUGGAGAACGAGGAUUAUUACAAGAGCCUCUUAGAAGGAUCUCUUGACCUGGAGGCCGUCAAACCCAGAGAGGAAGCCGUGACCUUCCUCCGGAGACACCGCUUGGAAGCAGAGUUGCUAGAGGACGGAGCCAGCAUCCUGGGUUUCUUGUACACGGAACCGAACUACUGGAACCCCGCUGGGUCUCGUCCGGACAGCCAAAGGGAUCCUUCUGGGCUGCAGGACCACCAAGCCAAUGAGCCUGGGUAUGGCCCUCCUGAGCAGGAUUUGUCCAAAAUGGGGCACCCCCUGCGGGAAGGAGGCCCCCUUCUGUUCAACGAAGUCCAGUUUGUCUACAAUUCCCAGCAGCUGAACGGGACGCAGCGAGUCCUCCUGGACAAUGUCAUCUCGCCAAGCGAGUGCCAAGAGCUGGAGCACAUCGCCAACAACAUCCUCCUGGCUGGUGAUGGCUACAGGGGGAAGACCUCUCCUCACACCCCGAAUGAGAAGUUUGAAGGAGCCACCAUCCUCAACGCUCUGAAGUUUGGCAGCGAGGGGCGGAUCCCUUUGAAAAGUGCCCGCCUCUUCUACGAUGUCAGCGAGAAAGCCCGGAAGAUCGUGGAAUCCUACUUCAUGCUGAAUUCCACCCUGUAUUUCUCUUACACACACCUGGUCUGCCGCACGGCCCUGUCAGGUCAACAGGAACGGAGGAAUGAUCUCAGCCACCCAAUCCACGCGGACAAUUGUCUCUUGGACCCCGAGGCUAACGAGUGUUGGAAGGAGCCCCCAGCUUACACCUUCCGAGACUACAGUGCUCUCCUCUACAUGAACAGCGACUUUGAAGGCGGGGAGUUUAUUUUCACGGAAAUGGAUGCCAAGACAGUCACGGCCUCCAUCCGACCCAAGUGCGGGCGAAUGGUCAGCUUCUCCUCGGGCGGAGAGAAUCCCCACGGGGUCAAGGCCGUCACCAAAGGACAGCGCUGCGCCGUCGCUCUGUUCACCCUCAACCCCCUUUACCGGGAACUGGAGCGAAUCCAUGCCGACAAGAUCAUCGCCUUGUUAGACCAGCAACGCUUCGGUCCCACCGAUCUGGGCAUCAACCCCAAGGAUGAACUAUGAACCAAGCAAAGGACUCUCUACCCCAAAUAUUUAUUUAAUAAUAUUGGUUGUAAAUCUUAUGAGAACCCUUUAUUUUUGUACAAAGCCUUGGUAAUAAUUUAAAGACGGGGGGAAACGGGCAGUGGGACCCUUCUUUAGACGGUCCCUUGGUUUACCUCUUCCAUCUCCUCCUCCAUGAAAUUCUCCAGAACUUUCUGGAGCUUGCUAAGCGAGAGCCCGAGGAGGCCAAUGUGAAUGAAUGAAUGAGCCGGAAGGAACCUUGGAGGUCUUCUAGUCCAGCCCUUUGCUCAAGCAGAUAGGUGACUGUCCAGACUCUUCUUAAAAACUUCCAGUGAUGGGAACACCCACAACUUCUGGUGGCAAGUUGUUCCACUGGUUAAUUGUCCUUACAGUUAGGAAGGUUCUCCUUAGUUCCAGGUUGCUUCUCUCCUUGAUUAGUUUCCAAAGACUGGACAGCCACUUGUCUGGAAUGAGGCAGGGCCUCCUGCUUGAGGAGGGGGUUGGACUAGAAGACCUCCAAGGUCCCUUCCAGCUCUAUUCUGAUUGAAGUCAUAGAGAGAAGCAACCUGGAAUUAAGGAGAAACUUCCUGACAAUGAGGACAAUUAACCAGUGGAACAGCUUGCCACCAGAAGUUGUGGGUGCUCCAUCACUGGAGGUUUUUAAGAAGAGACUGGGCAGCUCCUUGUCUGGAAUGAUGUAGGGUCUCCUGUUUCAGCAGGGGGUUGGACUAGAAGACCUCCAAGGGCCCUUCCAGCUCUAUUCUGAUUGAUUGAUUGAAUCCGCAGGGCAGUUGAUCCGUUGGCUCUCUUCUCCCAACUCAAAAAACCUGCUUGAGUUUUCCAGAAGUCCAUCAUUGUUGGCAACCAUUCCAGUAGUUAUUGGAUGGUGGUUGUCCCACUCCGAAGCUGGAGGGAAAUUGCCAAGAUUGGGAACGGCAAAUGAAAAGAGCUGUCUAACCUCCUUCAAGCAUAAGAUGGAGAAAUGAAAUUGUGGCUUUACCGUAUUUCCCAAGGGCCUUCCAUCUGGAAGAAGGAGGAAGGUGGUUGGCACUCAUCUAUCGUAUGCCCAUCAUCUUGUGCCCAAUCUAACAAUGCUGCCCAUACAUACAACUAGCUAAUUUGCUAAAUCGGGGUUUCUCAGCCUUGGGAACUUUAAGAUGUAUGGACUUCAAGUCCCAGAAUUCUGGGAGUUGAAGUCCACACAUCUUAAAAGAUGCCAAGGUUAGGAAACACUGUCUAGGACAGAGGUCUUCAAACUUGGCAGCUUUAAGACUUGUGGACUUCAACUCCCAGAAUUCUCCAGCCAGCAUAGCAUAGCUGGCUGGAGAAUUCUGCCAAAUUUGGGGACCCCUGGUCUUGGAACAUAAAAUGGAGGAGGAGGAAGAGGAGGAAGAGUUAGGGAGGGAGGAGGAGGAGGAGCAGGGCUGUGGGGUCCUUGGUGCUCUCUGAGUUUGGUGGUUUUCCUGCAGGCAUUUCAUGACCCAACUAGGGAAUAUCGUCAAGGCUGGAAGGAAGGAGGAGGAGGAGGACUGGGUGCUAUCUGAGCUUGGAUGUUUUCUUGCAGACGUUUCAUGACCCAACUAGGGAACAUCAUCAGUGCCGGAAGGGAGUGAGGUUAAGUAAACAAGGACCGAACCCCACUCCCUUCUAGCACUGAUGAUGUUACCUAGUUGGGUCUACAAGAAAGCAACCCAGCUCAGACACCCCCACAUUUCUGUACUCCUGAUUAAGGCUCCUUCCUGCUCCUCUACGCCGAACCGGUCUCGGGUGCAAAUCUGCUGGAAAUGCACAUUCUUGAUUUUUUUCCCCCCAGCUUUUGAAAAGAGAAGAAGCCUUUGGACUUUGGAACAGCAGAGUGGGCUGAAAGAAGGGUAAAUCUUUUAAAUAAAUAAAAUAAACUGGAUUUGGGCCAUUGCAUAGAAAGGAAACGGAGGGGGAUUUGAUGGUAACCACCAAACUUUGUCUGAGGGCAGGAGGAAGAAAUUAAACUCAGAAAACUAA